AUGAAAGAUUCAAAUAACGAUUUAGUUGAAUCAUCUUCAACGGUUCAUCAACAGAAUAUUUAUCAAUUACAACAACAAUUACAACAAAGUGUGAUAUUUGGGACAAAUAAUGUAGUGAAUUCAUCAAAUUUAGGAUCUGCGGGUGUGAUUUCAGUGAACCAUCAUCAUCACCAUGAUUCAACAAUUCCCAUGCAUCAUCAAACAGCAUCUUCAACGCCAAAUAAUGAUACAUCAAAUUCAGCUGGUGCAGAGGAUACAACUAAACAAUUAAGUUCUUCACCGGAUCCAACAGCGAAGAAAAAUUCUGGAAUACGUCGUCAAGAAAAACCACCCUACUCUUACAUUGCGUUAAUCGUGAUGGCAAUCCAGAAUUCUCCAUCAAAGCGUUUAACACUUAGUGAAAUUUAUAAUUUCCUACAACAACGAUUUCCAUUUUUUCGGGGAUCGUAUCAAGGAUGGAAGAAUUCCGUACGGCAUAAUUUAUCAUUAAAUGAAUGUUUUAUAAAAUUACCAAAAGGCUUAGGACGACCGGGUAAAGGACAUUAUUGGACAAUUGAUCCUGCAGCUGAAUUUAUGUUUGAAGAAGGUUCAUUUCGACGUCGUCCUCGAGGUUUCCGUCGAAAGUGCCAAGCAUUAAAACCACAAUAUCAUCACCCCCAUCCACAUCACCAUACAUCUUCAGGGUUUUUCUCUAGUCAGUUACCGGGUACAAUGUUAGCACCACCGCCGGGACAAGGUUUUGAACAUUUAACACAGAAUAAUGGACAAGUGCAUCAAGAUUAUGGGCCAUGUUCGUAUGGGGGUGGUGCAGGAAGUACACAGAGUACAACGGUGGCUAGUGCAGCGGCGUUAUCUCAUUAUAUGUCGGCUGCGGCUUCAAAUGCAACUGGUUAUACGGAUUAUGCAACAAAUGCUGGUGCAUCCCCAAUGACUAAUAUUUAUCAGACAUGUUCACCUGGGGAUCGUGAUAGUGGUUGGCCGUCAGCGUAUCCAAUGCCUGCUGAUACAACGACAGGUGGUGGAAGUUCUUCUGUGUAUUUAAAACCUUCGUUGAGUCCAAUACCUGAACAUCAUCAUCACCAUCAAACGGACCCCAUAAAUACAACACCGUCACCAAAUCAUAUCCAACAGUGUGAUACGUCUGCCGCGUAUUCAGCUGCUUAUCAGUAUACGUUACAAUCAAAUGGAACUGAUCAUGCAUUACGAAGUACAAUACAAUCACUGUCAUGUGAUCGUAAACCAUUAUACAUGACUCCACCACCUCCACCAACUUCAAUACCAACAAGUUUACCAUCACCACCGCCAGCGAAUACUGCACAUUCUGCAUUUUAUGAACAUAUCAAGUAUUCGAUAUAGAAUCAAUAAAUAUUUAUUCAUUAAGACUACGACUAAAAAAAUUGUGUGUGUAUGUAUGCGUGUAUAUCUGUGUACCAAAGAAACUAUUUUUAUAUAAUUCUCAGUGUUCUGCACUCAAAUAUAGCGAGGAACGAAUUGGGUUUAUGCAUUUUUAAUGUGAAAUAACAACAAAACGGUAUAGGAUAUCAAUAUGGUUGGUUUCUCAUUAAUUUUGAACAUUGAAUCGUGACAUUUUUAAUUAAAAAUGAAUUCAAGUAAUUAAACGCCUAUUAGUGGCAACAAAACAGGAUUGUUCGGAUUAUGAUUCAAGCGCCUUAAUCAACUGGACCAUACGUGCUCUAGGCACAAUAAGUAACUCAACGAA